GUAAAUAAGAAUUGCCAAUCAACGCGUAUUAAUAGCGGAGAUAUGGAAAUCAUGAAAUUGCUUUAUUUGGAGUACAACAACAACCAAGGCAGGGGAUAAUAAUUUGAAGAAAUGUUCGAUAGUUUAAUAUAAAACUUUUGAAGAGAAAAGUGCUUUCCGUUUGGAGAAAAGGUAAAGUAAUAACCGGAUUAAACGGACAUUAAGCCCCGAAUAUAAAAGGCGGAGUUUGGAGUAUCGAUCAAACAAGUAGAGCCGACAGAAUCGAUUGAUGUUAAUUUAAAACGCUACUUCGUGUAAUCAGUUGUUUUUACAUUUUUACCAUGGAUAACUUGCGAAGGGAAGUGAUAGAUAAUGUAAUCAUCGCUUGCCAAGAAGGCAACGUGGACGUGACUGAAGAUUUUGUUUCCUUUUUGCUCACUUUAUUUCAAUUAAAUCCUAUAUAUGGACUUAAAGUAGACGACGAAGAAAACAAUAAGAAAAUUGUUCAGGCAAUGGUUGAAAAAAUAUGCGAUCAAGACAAACCAAGCUUAACGACAUUAAAAAGUCAAUUAUAUUUUGCGAAACACUAUCACGAUAGAGACGAAACUGUUAAGCGACAUAGACUACGACUGCAUCAGAAAACUGGACCAAUAGUGGCGGAAAUUUGUCAAACUGAGAAACUUGCGAAUAAACAGGAGUCAGAAAAAUUAUACCAAAAGAUGUUGGUGGUUAUCACGUUCUUGAGUGGCCUUGGAAAUCCUACUGUACCUUCUGUGCUGAGAGAAGUGUCGGUAGCAUUGCAGAGCGUCUUUCAACCUUCAGAGUUGGAACAAUAUAUAAAAAUGUCUAAGCGAGAAAAGGAAGAACAACUAAUGGAAUUAAUGUGCAUAGUCGCAGGAAUACUGCCAGCUAUUUUGCAAAAAGCUAUCGAAAAGACCCGUGACUGUAUCGUGGAAUUUCUAGAAAAUUUAAUGACAAGAAUAUAUAAAUUUACCGCACUCGCCGACAAAAUAAUUUUCAUUAAAAAGUUAAUACCAUUUGGCGUUUAUACGAAAGAGAAUGUAAAUUGGGCAAUCGAGAUGUUGAGUGCAUCUCGACAACAAGAAAUUUAUAUCAGGAAAUUGUUAAGUGACGUAGAACAUAGCGAACAAGAAAUAAAAAAUUAUAUGGAACGGCUACAAGAGCGUCUUUUUAAACUUCACGAUACAGUAAGAUACAGAACUGCCAUUCCUACUGUUCAAGUAUAUCCACAAUUUAUCGAUUUAGCGGAUAUAUGGAUGGGACUUCAAGAUGAAGUUAUUGUAUUAAGUCGUAUUAACAACUUUUUCUGGGAACUACGAACUUUGGCAGCAAAGACCGUGAAUGUAUACAACGAACAGCUAUUGAACGAAAUGCUGUCUGACGCAGAAAUCCUCACAGAUGCUGAAAGAUUAGAACGAUCAAUGGGUGAAAUAAUAAUUUCUAGGAUUUUGCGCGUGGAAGUUCGUUAAUGGACACGGAGCAUUGAUCCCGGGAAAUCCGAAUAAUGGUGUUAUUAAAUGGAGAGGAAAGUAUUAUGUAUUCUGCUCAACUGUAACAGCCCUGCAUUUCGGGCAAGAUCCUGAUAGGUAUACUUAUGAGGCUCUUGAUUAUAUACGCAAUCACUUUGAAUAUAUAUAUCUGUUUCAAGUAUACGACGAUAUUAGAGCUCUACAAACACAAGAAGUGCUAUCGGAAGAAGGGCCUCAGUUGAAAACUUGCCAACAUCAAAUGGUCCAAACAGAUUUGCAUAUACUUCCACCUUUUAUCGACGAGAAUUAUUCAUCAAACAUCUGGGAACUAAGAAACAGAGCGCUGCAUUUAGCAACUAUAAGCAAAUAUAAAACACAUAGUACGCAAACAUAUAAAUCCAACUUUCGGUAUGGCAUUUACGUACAAACAGCUCCUCUUCGAAACAAAGAAAUUCAAACGAGAAGAGAUAAUUAUAUGAACACAAAGAAACUGUUAACUUAUAUCUUUGGUUUGCGGGGAAGACGCGAUGAUAAUCAACAUGUAUUAUCUUUCUUAGAAGACGAACUCGAACAUUUAUAAGUAUUUGGUUUUGUAUAUGAAUUUAAUAUUCUUCAGUCUUGAAGGACAAACUGGAUAG